GACAACUGGAACCGCCGCAAUGACUCAGUCUUAUGGUUCCAUCGAGGAAGGCAAGCCCGAAUUUGAGAGGAAGAACUUCAACAAGGUGAUCUACGGAGCCAUCGCCGCUGUUGCUGCAGUGUGCGUGGUCGCUGCCAUCGUCGCCUUCGGAGGACAGCACCCCAAGAGGAGCUCCCUCCUUGCGGUCAGACUUCCCAACGGCCGUAUCGUGAGGGCCGUCCCUGUCCAGCAGCUCCGCAUCCAGAAGCUCUUCGGACCGGGUGAUCUCCCCAUCCCCAUUGAGGACGACGGUCUCCCCGGCGGUGAUGCCAAGGUUGUUCCUGGCAGCAACGUCCACCUCUUCGAGCACUUUGCUCCUCCCCAGCCAUACGGCAUGGACAACCGCCGUGAUCCCCCCUACGACACCUCCUUCGGUGGCAUGGGAUUCGGUUCCGACUACUAAAUGCUCCAUUGCUGGGUUAUCUCGGUGCUAGUGAUGGGUCCUUUUUCACAUGAGUCUACAGCACGCCGUUGAAAUAUUUGAAACAUUAAAUUAGAUCUCACCG